AUGUGCAUCCUGCCCAGCCUGGUAAGAGGAGCCCGAAGGGUGUUUAGCAUCCCCAGUGGUUCUGCAAACGCUGAGAGGAUAUUCUCCAGUGGCUCUGCAUUUGCUGAGAGGAUAUUCUCCAGUGGCUCUGCAAACGCUGAGAGGAUAUUCUCCAGUGGCUCUGCAGACGCUGAGAGGAUAUUCUCCAGUGGUUCUGCAAACGCUGAGAGGAUAUUCUCCAGUGGCUCUGCAUGUGCUGAGAGAAUAUUCUCCAGUGGCUCUGCAUGUGCUGAGAGAAUAUUCUCCAGUGGCUCUGCAUGUGCUGAGAGGAUAUUCUCCAGUGGUUCUGCAAACGCUGAGAGGAUAUUCUCCAGUGGUUCUGCAAACGCUGAGAGGAUAUUCUCCAGUGGUUCUGCAUGUGCUGAGAGGAUAUUCUCCAGUGGCUCUGCAUGUGCUGAGAGAAUAUUCUCCAGUGGCUCUGCAUGUGCUGAGAGAAUAUUCUCCAGUGGCUCUGCAUGUGCUGAGAGGAUAUUCUCCAGUGGUUCUGCAUGUGCUGAGAGAAUAUUCUCCAGUGGCUCUGCAUGUGCUGAGAGGAUAUUCUCCAGUGGUUCUGCAAACGCUGAGAGGAUAUUCUCCAGUGGUUCUGCAAACGCUGAGAGGAUAUUCUCCAGUGGUUCUGCAUGUGCUGAGAGGAUAUUCUCCAGUGGCUCUGCAUGUGCUGAGAGGAUAUUCUCCAGUGGUUCUGCAAACGCUGAGAGGGAAAAGAAGGAAGAGGAGGUUGAGAAAGAGGAGGAGAAAAAGGAGGAGGUUGAGUUGGAGGAGGACGACCUGAUGUUCGAGGAGGACUUUGAGACGGGCGAGGAUGGAGAUGGAGAGAUGACUGGGGGCAUCAUGUUGCCCUCUCUGACCUCUGCAGUCUACUUCUUCACCUUCCUCGGCCUGUGUACCUGGUGGUCCUUCUGUCGGCCAUUCCACCCGCUCAUCUUCAGCUGUCUGUGUGUCCUCAUGGCCAUCUUCAGCGCUGGACACCUGGUGAUUCUCUACCUCUACCAGUUCCAGUUCUUCCAGGAGCUCAUCCCACCCGGGGAUAGCUACGCCAGUCUGUUUGGUAUCUUGUCGGUGGUCCAGUCCGACUGCUCCCACACCUGGAUGUUCCGGGUCAACCCGGCACUGUCCUGGCACCACUAUGUCAACCCCAUCAUGCUGCUGCUGCUCUACUACACCCUGGCCACACUCAUACGCCUCUGGCUGCAGGACCCCACAGACACGGCGCCUGGUGAGGGCGAAGGGGCAGAACUGGGUAAAGGGGAGGAGCCUAUGGUUGAUGACAUCACCUCCACAGCAGAGAAGAGGAGAGAAGUGUGGAGCAUGGCUCACCACACUGAUGACAGAAACGUUUUGAUAGUAACCUCCAACGGGUCUCCUCCGGACUAUGUCCACACCAACGGGUCUCCUCCGGACCUUGUCCACACCAACGGGCUGCUGGACCUGCACUCCACACCGCAGUACAAACCAGGCCAACCAGGGCCAGAUCUGGGGAGUGUGUAUGAGGUGGUGGUUGUGCAGGGUGAGGGUUUGAAAGAAGAGAUUGAUGCAGGGGCGAUGGCGUGGGCGACGGCGCCGGGGGAAGGAAUGGCGCGAGCUAAUGCGGUGGUCACGGCCUUCAGGUUCAUCAUGAAGCAAAGCUACAUCUGUGCCCUCAUUGCAAUGAUGGCGUGGAGUAUCACUUAUGUCAGCUGGCUGACCUUUGUGUUUCUCAUCUGGUCCUGCACGCUGUGGAUGGUGCGCGACCGCCGUCAGUACACCAUGACCACCUCCCCCUUCAUGGUGUUCUAUGGGAACCUGUUGAUCAUCCUACAGUAUAUCUGGAGCUUCGAGCUCCUCCAACCCGUGCCCGGGCUUUUCUUAAAGAAAGAGGUGCCCUUCCGGGAACUGGGCUCCAAGAUGCUGUGCCUGCUGAGUUUCUGGCUGCUGCUGAGACAAGCGUUGACAGAGAGGAAGGAGAGCCAGAGAGAAGAGGAGGUGCUGUCGGACAUCAGAGUCAUCCAUGCCCACAAGAAGGAGGACAAGGAGGUGAUGGAUGAGAGCGGUGGCCACAGGGAGAUGAUGGAGGUGCUAGGCAACACUCUCAUGGCCAUGUUGAACAAGUACUGGAUCUAUAUCUGCGGCGGCAUGUUCUUCUUCGUCAGCUUCGAGGGACGCAUCGUCAUGUACAAGAUCAUCUACAUGAUGCUCCUCCUCUUCUGUGUGGCCUGCUACCAGGUGCACUAUGAGUGGUGGAGAAGCAUGCUGAAGUACUUCUGGAUGUCUGUGGUGGUGUACACCAUGCUGGUCCUCAUCCUGAUCUACACCUUCCAGUUUGACUCCUCCAUCCACGUCUGGUUCAACAUGACCGGCAUGAGCAAGGACAAACUGGAGGACCUGGGUCUGGAGAAGUUCUCUGUCCCGGCUCUGUUCACAAGGAUCUUCCUCCCCACCUCCUUCCUGUUGGUCUGCAUCCUCCACCUGCACUACUUCCACCAGCGCUUCCUCCUGCUCACUGACAUCAAGACGGUGGCCGACAAACAGAAGAGCACGAUCACCAGGCUGGUGCACCUAGAUGGCAGUCUGGCAGAUAUCUCUCUCAUCAAACCCACCCUCACUGUGACCACCAAAGACGAGGAGGCUGGGGAGAAGGCUAACCUGAGGAGUAAGUGGUAUCUGGUGGUGGACCGCCUCACGGUGCUCUUCCUCAAGUUUCUGCAGUACUUCCAGCAGCUGCAGCUGACCGUCUGGUGGCUCCUGGAGCUCCACAUCAUCAAGAUCGUCUCCUCCUACAUCAUCUGGGUCUCAGUCAAAGAGGUGUCUCUGUUCAACUACGUGUUCCUGGUGAGUUGGGCGUUCGCCCUGCCCUUCGGUCAGUUCAGGCCCCUGGCCUCCAGCGUCUGUACCGUCUGGACCUGUGUCAUCAUCGUCUGCAAGAUGCUCUACCAACUCACCUCUAUAAACCCCUCUACGUACUCGAAGAACUGCACCAUGCCUGUGAACUACACGGAUAACCAGAGGAGUGAGAUGGCUCACUCCCUGCUCUACAGCGCCCCUGUGGACCCAGCCAACUGGGUGGGUCUCCGCAAGUUCUCCCCCCUACUGGAGAACCUGAGGAACAACCUGUUGAUUCUGGCCCUGCUGGUGUUCGAGGUGACCAUCUACCGCCACCAGGACCUGUACCGCAUGAGGAACAACCUCACCACGCCCGUCACCAGAACCAUCUUCCACGAUAUCACCCGGCAACACCUCGACGACAGCAUCGUCAACGGUGCCAAGUACUUCAUCAACUACUUCUUCUACAAGUUCGGCCUGGAGACAUGCUUACUGUUGGCGGUGAACGUGAUUGGCCAGAGGAUGGACUUCUACGCCAUGCUCCACGCUUUCGGCCUGAUCGCAGUCAUCUACCAGCGGCGCCGGAAGGCCAUCGCUGACACCUGGCCCAAGUACUGUUGCUUCCUGGCCUGCAUGCUCACCUUCCAGUACUUUGUCUGCAUUGGCGUCCCCCCGGCCGCCUGCAAAGACUACCCAUGGAGGUUCCCCUCGUCCUCCACAGACUCCAAUGUCAUCAAGUGGCUGUACUUCCCUGACUUCCACACCAAGCCCAACCCAAUGUUCCUGCUCUAUGACUUCAUGCUGCUGCUGUGUGCCUCACUGCAGAGACAGGUGUUUGAGGAGGAGAACGAGGAAGCCGUGCGCCUCCUGGCCGGUGACAACACGGAGAUCUGCAGGGACGCCGCCUCCUUCAGUCAACACAACCCCGUCCCAGACUUCAUACACUGCAGAUCCUACCUGGACAUGCUGAAGGUGAUCAUGUUCAGCUACCUCUUCUGGUUCGUGCUCACCAUCAUCUUCAUCACGGGCACCACGCGCAUCUCCAUCUUCUGUAUGGGCUACCUGGUGGCCUGCUUUUACUUCCUGCUCUUUGGGGGUGACCUGCUGCUCAAGCCAAUCAAAAGCAUCCUGCACUAUUGGGACUUCCUGAUCGCCUACAACGUGUUUGUUAUCACCAUGAAGAACAUCCUCUCGAUACUGGCCUGUGGAUACAUAAAGUCCCUGGUCACCAAUCACUGUUGGCUCAUACAGCUGUUCAGCCUGGCCUGCACUAUAAAAGGCUAUUCUAAACCUGAGCAACAGGCCAACAAGCAUUGUGAGUUGCCUAGCGACGAGGCAGGCAUCAUCUGGGACAGCAUCUGUUUUGCCUUCCUGUUGCUACAGCGACGCGUAUUCAUGAGCUACUACUUCCUGCACGUGGUCGCCGACAUUCGCUCCUCACAGAUCCUCGCCUCCAGAGGGGCUGAGCUGUUCCAAGCGACCAUAGUGAAAGCUGUAAAAGCCAGGAUCGAAGUGGAGAAGAGGUCGAUGGACCUGCUGAAGAGACAAAUGGACCGUAUCAAGAGUCGACAGCAGAAGUUCAAGAGGGGGAAGGAGAGGAUUUUGAGCUUGGUGCAGGAGAGCGAAGACGCAGGCCACGGACACAGCAAGGACGAGGAGGAGGAGGAUGAAGUGGUGAGAAGUGGUAACUAUUACCUGUUUGAGACGGACAGUGAAGAAGAGGAGGAAGAGGAGGAUAAAAAUGAGGAAGAACAGCCCAAGAAGUCUGCAUUUCAGGUUCGCUCGAACUUUGUUUACCACGCCUGGAUGACCAAUUCCAAGACAGCCAUGAAGGAGCGCAGCAAGGAGAAACGCCGCUUCUGGAAGAAAUACACUGAAGGGAGCAGCAGCAAGUCAAGGAAAGAGGACCUGGAGGAAGCAGUUCAUGUUGCUAUGGAAGAGGAGGAUCAGGAGGAGAAGAAAACAGAUGGAUCAGACAACGUCCUGAAGCGAGUCUUCAACAUAGUCAAGUUCUCCUGGGUGUUGUUCCUGGCCAUGUUGGACAGUUUCACAGCCUGGAUCAACUCCAUGUGUCAGGAACACCUGGACAUCUCCACCGUGCUGCACAUCGAGCGCUGUAUGCUCACACACGAGGUUAAUAAGGGGAACAAGCCUUCCCGGGAGAGCAUCCACGUGUACUACCGCAAGCAGAUGUGCAAGGCUGCGUCCAUUGAGUCUGGCCUGGAGAGAACCGAGGAGGAGACGUGCCAGGACUGCAUCCCCCACAAGGCCGAGAGGCAGAGCUGUGCCUGUCUGGAGAGCCAAGAAUCUACGGUGUCUCAUGAUAGCCUGUCCAGUGUAUACACAGAGAGCACACUGCUCUACUCCUGUCGCUCCACUCUGGACCACACUGACAUGGGUCCUGACAACGUCCAGGUGCCCAAGACCAGCGAGCGCGCCCGUCCUAAACUCUGCAAGAUGGAGGGGCUGGACCUAAAGUCCACCUCUUCAGCUGACAGCGGAGGCAGCCAGGCCAGUGAGCACACCCAGUGUACAGCCCUCUGUUCCCACCAGGGGACCACCGACACCAUCGAGGAGACAGGAGAGGAGCCAGACCAGGACCUCCAAGACUCCCACUCCUCCUACACUGAGACCCCAUCCACCUCCACCUCCAUGGGGCUGUACAUGGAACAUGAGGGGGUUCUUCUCUCCAGGUCCAGGGGUAUGGACUGGGACAGUAGGGACAGCGUCCUGGAAGUCAAACAGACAGGGUGCGAGAGAGGACCGUGCUACGCCCACCACAGUGAGCUCCAGCUCUACCAGGCAGACCUCCCCAGUACCACCCCCACAGACACAGACAUCCCCCCCUCGUACAGCAGAGCUACAGGCCUUGACAGGGAGGGGGCCUCGUACACCAGGGCCACGGGCCUGGAGAGUGAGGGGGCCUCGUACAGCAGAGCUACAGGCUUGGUCAGGGAGGAACGGGCCUCAUCCAUUAGGGCCCAUCAUAAGAAGAGGUUGGUUGUGGUGACGCCUGACGAGAAGUCUGAUUUUCUGUCGGGCGUCACGAGUGGCACGUUUCCCUCGCUCACCCACGAGCUGACGGCCAGCGAUCUGCUACGCAAUAGGAUGUUCUACGAUGAGGAGUUGGAGGAUUCAGAGCGUUUCUACGGCGAUCAGCCGGCAGUGCUGCAGCUGCUCUAUGCUCUGUACAACAUGCUGGUGGCCCACUCAGAGAUGGUGUGUUUCCUGGUCAUCAUCCUCAACCACAUGAUCUCAGCGUCCGUGGCCACGCUCGUCCUUCCCAUCUUCAUCUUCCUCUGGGCCAUGCUGUCUGUCCCCAGGCCCAGCAAACGCUUCUGGAUGACCGCUAUCGUCUACACAGAGGUCACCAUUGUGAUCAAGUACUUCUUCCAGUUUGGUUUCUUCCCAUUCAACCAGAACAUUGAGCUGGACAAGUCCAAACCCUUCCAUCCUCCCAACAUCAUCGGUGUGGAGAAGAGGGAGGGAUACGUGCACUAUGAUCUGGUUCAGCUGCUAGCUCUGUUCUUCCACCGAUCUAUUCUCAAGUGUCAUGGGCUGUGGGAUGAGGACAACCCCAGGGGAGGAGGGGGGGAAACCCCCAAGCAGCAUCACCAUGAGAGGGAGAAGAGGACCAGCUCCAGGUCAGUGGAGAAGCAGGCCGCGGAGGGCAGCAGCUCCCUGCUGGAGUCGGUCCGCACCCGCAUCCCCCGAAAAUUCCACUCCAUGUCCACCUCCACCCCGCUGCGCCGCAAGAGCUCCAGCGCCGCCUCCCACCUUUCCCAGCACACCGUGCGCUCCGCCCACUCCAAAGGAGACAGUGUGAGCUCACGGCCCGGCCUGCGGAGAGGGCACAGCCUGCGGAGAGGGGACAGCCUGCGGAGAGGGGACAGUGUGCUGAGUGUCCAACAGAGGAGCAAGAAGGAGAUGAUCCUGGAGAAACUCAGAGAGCAGCUCAUCAAAGCCAAGAGCUUCACUGUCAAAAAAACUCUGGAGAUGUACCUGCCCAUCCGUCAGUUCUUCUACAACCUGAUCCACCCAGAGUACAGUGCAGUGACAGACGUCUAUGUGCUCAUGUUCCUGGCCGACACUGUGGACUUUAUCAUCAUUGUCUUCGGCUUCUGGGCAUUUGGGAAACACUCUGCGGCGGCUGACAUCACUUCCUCCCUGUCGGAGGACCAGGUUCCCGAAGCCUUCCUGGUGAUGGUGCUGAUCCAGUUUGGCACCAUGAUCAUCGACCGAGCCCUCUACCUUCGCAAGACUGUCAUGGGAAAAGUCAUCUUCCAAGUCAUCCUGGUGUUCGGCAUCCACUUCUGGAUGUUCUUCAUCCUGCCUGGAGUCACAGAGAGACGGUUCAGUCAGAACACAGUGGCCCAGCUGUGGUACUUCGUCAAGUGCAUCUACUUUGGCCUGUCGGCCUAUCAGAUCCGCUGUGGCUACCCCACCCGCGUCCUGGGCAACUUCCUCACCAAGAGUUACAACUACCUCAAUCUUUUCCUCUUCCAAGGGUUCCGCCUGGUCCCGUUCCUGACGGAGCUGCGAGCGGUGAUGGACUGGGUGUGGACGGACACCACCCUCAGCCUGUCCAGCUGGAUCUGUGUAGAGGACAUCUACGCCCAUAUUUUUGUCCUCAAGUGCUGGAGGAUGUCAGAGAAGAGGUACCCCCAGCCUCGCGGGCAGAAGAAGAAGAAGGUGGUGAAGUAUGGGAUGGGAGGUUUGAUCGUCAUGCUUCUUAUCUGCAUUGUUUGGUUCCCGCUGCUCUUCAUGUCACUGGUCAAGUCAGUGGCCGGGGUGGUCAACAAACCUCUGGACGUGUCGGUCACCAUCACCCUGGGAGGCUUUCAGCCCAUUUUCACUAUGAGUGCCCAGCAAAAUCAACUGAAGGACAUUAGCAAAGCAGAUUUUGCAGACUUCAUGAAUUCAUACAACUACAUUCCGUCAGCGAUGCAGUUCCUGGAGGCCUACACGUCAGCGGACGUGGCUGUGGCGGAGCUGGAGGGCAGUUCCAACUCCCUGUGGACCAUAAGCCCCCCCAGCAGGAAGAACCUGAUGGACGUUCUCAGCAAGGAGGAAUACUUCCCUGUCACCAUGUCCUGGACCAUCCAGAGGGUGAUAGAACAAGUCUUCCCAUGCUUCCUCAGAGCUCCCAGUGACUCCAAUGCCAAACCUAUAGAACAACUCUAUAAAGACAAAAGCUACAAGAACAUCCUGCUAGCCCUGGAGAGAACCCACAACAGCAGUGGAGAGAUCCAGGAGUGGUGGAUUGUGGACCAGCCGUCGGCAGGACAGAUCCAGAUGAGGGGUGCGGCGGUUGGGAAGAAGAGAGAGGCGGGCCUCCAGCUGUACGUGUUCAGUGACAAAGUCAGCCCGCCCAGUCUGGGCUUCCUGGCAGGAUAUGGGAUCAUGGGUCUCUACGCCUCGGUGGUGCUCGUCAUCGGAAAGUUUGUGCGCGAGUUCUUCAGCGGCAUCUCGCACUCCAUCAUGUUCGAGGAGCUGCCCGUCGUGGACCGCAUCUUGAAGCUGUGUACCGACAUCUUCCUGGUCAGAGAGACGGGCGAGCUGGAGCUGGAGGAAGACCUGUAUGCCAAGCUCAUCUUCUUGUACCGAUCACCAGAGACGAUGAUCAAGUGGACCAGGGACCAGAAAACUAAGUGA